GUAAAGUGCUUCUUAUUUCUUGUACGCCAUAGUUUCCUCUCGGUGCUACAUGUAUUUUGGAGAAAGAUUGAAGGACGCGAUAUAUGGAGAAGAGAAACCCAUUCUUAUAGUUCGUUCUAUCGCCUAAAUGCAUAUUGCAAGCUACUCGCCGAUCAUCUUCUUCUCUCGCCUGUGAUCAAAGCCCGUCCAACAGUAUCUUAUCAUCGAGAAGGGUGUCAAAGGAAGCACAGAGGAACCAGGAAGCUCAUCCUUUUAAAAUAACAGCACUCUUCGUCUUCUCCCAAGAUUUUCAUAAGAUUGACCUUCGACACCACCUUCCACGAUCGCCAUUGAAAGAAAAAGAUUGGUGGUGCUGAGCUCGUGAAUUGGGGGCAACAAUGCCAGCACAAAUGAAAGAGGAUGAUUUAGAAGGCGAGCCAUCGUACAGCAGUGAAAAAAACGAAUACGUUCUGGUCAAACUGUCUGAUAUCCGCAAGGAAGUGCAAUGUCCUAUUUGCUUGGGGAUUAUCCGAAAAACAAGGACGGUAAUGGAAUGCCUUCACCGCUUUUGCAGAGAAUGCAUUGACAAGUCAAUGCGUUUGGGGAACAAUGAGUGCCCUGCAUGUCGUACACACUGUGCCAGCCGCAGAUCAUUAAGAGAUGAUCCAAAAUAUGAUGCUCUGAUUGCAGCAAUUUAUCCUGACCUGGAUGAGUAUGAAGAAGAGGAGUUCACUUUGCAUGAAGAAGACAAAUAUCGUAACAAGCAGAUCCAAGCAAGUAUUGCACAAACACUUCAGCGGCAAUUAGAAGCUGUUGCAAGUCGCCGCACCACUGCAAAGGCAACUGCAGCAGCUAUAGUCAGAAAAGCACAUGGAAAAUUUCGAAAUGUUCAGAAUCAAAAUAUAAGCAACAGAGGAGAAAGUAGAAGCAAAAGACAAAGGAAUGAUAUACCUACUGCUGAUGAAGAAAACACAAUGCUGGAGCACUCCACUUCUGGUGAAGAAGAAUCUCAAGAAUACAUGAAGAUAAGAUGUAAAAGAAGAGUUUCAAGAUCUUUAUGUGAAACUUCAGCUAAUAUUGAUAAUAGCAGUGAUGAUCAUGAUGGAGUAGAUCGUUGCCUAGCAGAAGUGAGCAGAGAAAGUACUUUUGCCUCUCAUGGAAGAGGAGGAAACACAGAGGGUUUGGUUUGGGGUAAAAAUGGUGCACGGAGUCAUAUGCGUUAUGGAAGCAUAAGUGGAUCAAAUGGAAAGCAUGCACGAGGCACGCGCAUAAUCAAGAUGGUGGAUUAUCUUUUGUCUAAAGCUCAUGAAGAAGAUGAGAUCGAGUUUGACAUACAAGUGACAUUGUUACCGUUUAACAAUGAUGGAAAUCUUAUAAGUUUGGAGAGCCCAUAUCUCUGCUGCCGCCCAACUGUAUCUGUUCAGCAUUUGUGCAAAUUACUUUCCCUUAAGCUUUCCAUACCAGCUGAAGAUUUAGAAAUUGUUAUGGAGAGAAAAAUAAAUCCAACUGAAACGGGAUCAGAAACUAAAUUACCACAAUUGGGCAAGCUGGGAAAGGGAAAAAGCAUACUUGAUGCCUCAAAGAAUAAAGAAGUGAUCGAGGUGCUUGAUCAAGAAGCAACACUUACAAACAUCUUUAAUUGUAUAGGAUGCCGGGGAAGCCUUGUUUUGAUGUAUCGACGCAGAUUGGAAUGACUUUGUCGUGUGGGCAGUACAUUUCCAAGCACCAAGUUCUCAAUUUUGCAGUUUGUAAACUUGGAGCAACCUGAUUCUGUGCUGUUAGCCAAUGCACGUCCUUGAAAAUAUUGUGAAAGAUUAUGUUGUAAAUUGGGAAUCUUUGUCAAGUAAAUGGUCAAAUUGUCAUUUAUGUACAAAUGGUUUUCUAGACCAAUAUUUUUUGUUUCUUUUAGAGUGUAAGCUUAACAGUUUGAUUUGGAACUGCAUGGGUUUACAUGCUAUUAUCCAUUGAACCGGUUAUAAGAAAUUAGUUUUGUGGUCUGAUACUGUGUCUGUAUAUAUAUCAUUAUAUGCAGUAUAAGGUGGCGUCAUGUAUUUUUUGCUAUCAACAUAUUGAGUUUUGCUCCACUUAACCAACUAUCUUCAACGAGCUGUAUAUAUGUGAACUUUAAUAUUUAUAAAAUUGGCAGCAUUAUGGUUCAUGCCAUUUGAUGUGACCUAAAAAAUUAUUAUA